UAUUAAAAAAUAAAAUCUGUCCCACCAACAAGCUGUCUUGAAUAAAAAAAAUCUUCGAAAGUCGAAAAAUUUAAGAAUAUCGAAAUUGAAAAUCGAAAAAAGAAAUGAAUUUGCAGGUAUCUGGAGAGUAUGUAUGUUGAUGGGUAUUUAACAUAGUUUGGGUCUGGAAUCGAAAAGUUUUUGAAGUUCCGUGGCCGAUUUCUUCCUUUUUAAUGGCACAUAGUCUAAUUUAUCAAAAAUUUCGAAAAUCGAAAAAAACCCUCGACCCCCUCCCCGUAUUUCUUGUCUUAUCUGUUGAAGUAUUAGGUGAAUGUUUUGAACGCACUAUUGUAAUUAAGGUUGCCGGUCCUGUCCGUUCCGAAAGAUAGAGUCGGCAUCGUAUUUUGGCCCGAAAAUGAACUCGGUCG